UCUCCUGUCAGGUUUUAUUUCAGAAACUGGCAUGGCACCACUGAAGGAGAGUCUCCAGUGUGGAGGCACUGCAUCAGUAAACUCAAAGGAGGACUCAGCCCCAAGAAAACUCCAGAAGGAACUCCCUUACUGGACGGGGCCUCUCUCGACUACCUGUUUUCCCAGGGCCAGCAUGACUUUGUGAAAGGCGUGGUUCCACUGAGGAUCUCUCACUCAGAGGCAGACCAACACGAGAUAGAAAAUGAAUGUUUGGGCAUGGCUGUGCUUGCCAUCACCUACUACAACAUGAACAUGACCGCAGAUAUGUCCUCACCCACUGCUUCCCAUGAAAUCAGCUACAAACGUUUCAUCCCGGAGUCGCUGAACCUCAACAUUAAGCGGCGCAACUUCCUGACACGCAUCCGCAUCAACAACGUCUUUAAGAAAUUCCUCAAUGAAUUCAACCAGCGCACAAUGAAGGACAGCAACAUCACGCCGUACGACCUGAAGAUCAAGUACCUGGCCACGCUGGAGGGUCUGACCAGCGGGCUGGGCAGCGAGAUGCAGGAGCCCCUGUCCCUCAGUGUGACCCAGGAGGGAGAUCUCCUCAAUGGAGGGUACAAUGGGUACUACCACCAGAGCCAAGUGCAGAGCCUGAGCCAGAACAAGGAGACGAGCCACGACAUGCAGGUCCUGGUUUCUGGAACCGCUGGCAUUUCCUGGAGGAAGAAGCCUGCUACAACACCUCUGAUCGUCAAAGAAAAGGGCAAGUCGAAGAAGAACAAGUUGGAUGAAAAUCUGAAAAAUGACGACUGGGUGGUGUUCUGUGACUUCCAUGAGAUCACACACACUGUGAUCAGAGAGGCCACGGUCACCAUCUACAGACAGGACAACAAGAAGAUGGAGCACUGGGAGUCUGAGAUUUCUAACCUGCUGGUGGUAACCAAAGAAAGAGAACCGCUGCCUCUGACUCCCAUGCAGAGUCAGGUCAGCUUCCAUCGCAUUCUCAAGGAGGAAAUCAAACAGGAGGAGCACCUUGGCCCGGGCACAAGAACCAACAUCUACUCAGGCUCACUGAUGGUGAAAAGCAUAGAGGACGAUGAGGAGAAUGGAGGGAACCCAUCCUCCCAGCAGGUGAAGGUGGUCCUGAAGGUGCUGGGUUCUGGACACAGGGACAUCUCACUGGCCUUCUUCGAAACAGCCAGCAUGAUGCGACAAGUGUCCCACAAACACAUAGUGCUGCUGUAUGGAGUGUGUGUCCGCAACCAGGAGAAUAUCAUGGUUGAGGAGUUUGUGCAGCUAGGACCCCUGGACUUGUUUAUGAGGAGACAGCAGACGCCCCUCAGCACACCGUGGAAGUUCCAGGUGGCCAUGCAGCUGGCCUCAGCUCUCAGCUACUUGGAGGACAAAAAGCUGGUCCAUGGAUUUGUGUGUGCUAAAAACAUCCUGCUGGCCAGAGACGGGCUGGACGCGGAUGAAGGAGGGCCCUUCAUCAAGCUCAGCGACCCAGGAAUACCAAUUACAGUACUCACCAGAGAGGAGUGUGUGCAUCGCAUUCCAUGGAUCGCUCCUGAGUGUGUGAACAGCAUGUCCUCCCUGAGCGUCCCAGCUGACAAGUGGGGCUUUGGUACCACCCUGUGGGAGAUCUGCUAUGAUGGAGAGGAACCCCUCAAAGACAAGAAGCUGACAGAGAAAGAGCGCUUCUAUGACACGGAGUGCCAACUGGCCACCCCAGACUGCCAAGAGCUGGCUCACCUGAUGACCGACUGCAUGAACUACGACCCCAAGAAGAGACCUUUCUUCAGGGCUAUCGUCAGAGAAAUAGUCAACCUUCCAGAUAAAUACCCAUCCUUCAAAGCCCAGCCUCAACCAGGGGUGGACCCAACUAUGUUUGAAAAGAGAUUCUUGAGGAAGAUCAGAGAUCUGGGCGAGGGCCACUUUGGCAAAGUGGAGCUGUGUCGCUACGAUCCUCGGGGAGAUAGAACCGGAGAGCUGGUGGCGGUGAAGUCCUUGAAGCCGGAAAACCGGGAGGAGCAGAGCAACAACCUCUCGAGUGAGAUUGACAUCCUGAAAGCACUCUACCACGAAAACAUUGUCAAAUACAAGGGCAUCUGCCAGGAGGAAGGCGGUCAGGCCAUUAAGCUGAUCAUGGAGUACCUUCCCCUGGGCAGUCUGAAGGAGUAUCUCCCCCGAAACAAAGGCAAGACCAGCCUCGGCACCCUGCUCAGCUACUCUGAACAGAUCUGCAAGGGAAUGGGGUAUCUUGGAUCCCGAAACUACAUCCACCGUGACCUGGCUGCUCGAAACGUGCUGGUGGAGAACGAGACGACCGUGAAGAUCGGAGAUUUCGGCCUAACCAAAAGCAUCAAGGAAAACGAGGGAUAUUACACCGUCAAAGACGAAAACGACAGUCCUGUUUUCUGGUAUGCUCCAGAGUGUCUGACUCACUGCAAGUUCUACCUGGCGUCAGACGUCUGGUCCUUCGGGGUGACCAUGUACGAACUCAUCACCUACUGCGAUUCCUCCAAGAGCCCGAUGACGCUCUUCCUUGAUAUGAUUGGUCGAACUCAAGGACAGAUGACCAUCAUCCGCCUGGUGAAGGUGUUGGAGGCUGAGCGGAGGCUGCCUCGUCCUGAGGGCUGUCCUGAGCCUGUGUACGAGCUGAUGCGCAAGUGCUGGGAGCACAAGCCGGAGAGGAGAAUCACCUUCGAGCGCCUGGUGGAGGAGCUAAGCAGCAUGCAGCAGCAGCUCCAGCCUCAGAACCACAUUUAAACCGCCUCAGGUUUAAGGCUCUGGAAGGGAAGUUAUCUUCUGCCUGCAGACUCGGGAGCAGACCCCAGAUCUGCAUCUGCAUGUGUCGCUUCAUUUGGCUGAAAGACAGUCCUGAAGAAUCAGAGCUUCACACAAACCUUCAACAACCCUGAAAAAACGUAUUGUCCCAUCUGUCAUUUUACUAUGUUUGUAUUUCUCAUUUUUGUUUUUCUAUUUCGAUGUUUCCUCAUUUUAUUCUGGAUGAAACAAGUUCAUAUAUAUGUAGCCUUAGCUCACGCUAAAUGUGCCGUUAUAUCUUACAAAAGGACUUCCAAGUGUAUCUAAGGGAUUGAACUGUCCGCGUCGCCACAAAUGUCAAACUCGCUGCUCCGUAAUGUGCGCCGAAGGCCUUUAUAAUCAUGUGGAUCACUGAUGGACGCUUGGAAGAUGGAGGCCGAGCAGAGAGUCGUUGUUUGGAUGGAUGGACACAGGCAUUAACACAGACACUGAUGAUGUGUUUUUCAACAUUUUGUGCCAUUGCUGUAUGUCUCAUGGACUCCUGUCUGUCGGGAGGAAAUCCCACGAUUUUUUAUUUUUGUAGUUGGAGACGGAGAGAUCAGAACGAUCUGGCAGAUUUAUGUUAAUGAAGUGCAGACGAAGUCUCUAAGAACUGGCUUAAAGAGUCAGUCAUGUUUUUUUCACUUUGUUGUUGACAUUAGAUGUUUUUCCUUUUUAGCUAUAAUGCAAAAACCCUUCGUUCUUGGGGAGUUUCUGCUUUUAUUAGUUUUAUACUGUCAAGCUAUUUGGAGAUAUCUUACGUUUAAUGACAUUGUUAAAAGCAUCUUUCCUCAUUUUCACACAUAUUAGACUUUAGACAAAUUAAUCGAGGAAUUAUUCCACAGAUCACUAGAUAUUCAGUUAGUGGCCGGACACAAAUGAGAGCACUUUCUCUGUCAAAGAGCUUUAUCUGCAAACAAGCAGGAAAUCUACUUUUUAUUUUACUAAUGUAUCAUCUUCCAUGUGGUUUCUUCAAAUCUGCAGACAUCACAUAUAUUUUGCACCUAGUUAUAGUUGGAGGUAGUUCAGUUUUUGUUCUCUGUUCUAAAUGUAAUUGAACUCUGAGACACUCUUUAAGUACCUGGGAGAGACACUUGAGGGCAGUAUCACUUCACUACUCUCUACUGUUUGUGUAGCUUUCAAAACAAUAUAUUAUCAAAUGUCUAUACUAUACAGAAUAUUGCAAAAACAAAAAAGAGCCAUGGUUAGGAUUGUAUAUGCAAGGACUUCAGAUGGUACAGUUUCAAGAGAGAAGAAUUGAUCAUGGAUUAUUCACAUGGCAUUUUAUGUUCAGCAAAAUAUAUAUUUUUCUUUUUGUGACUUUCAUAAUUACAUAUGUGUAAUUUCUAUCCAAUAUGCCAGAAUAUUCAUAAAAAAAUGUAUUUUAUCUGCGAGUUUGUGAAAUGGUAUGAGCAGAGUUUUUUUGUUUCGACUUUAGCCGUUUUAUUGAACUCAGACUUUCAAGAAAAGUUAAGUUGCUUUACUGUGGAAAGUGUGUAAAACAAAAAAAAAGACAAUUGUGCUUCAGUCCACAUUUUAUUUAGGAAUGUAAAAGACAAUUCCUUUUACUCCAAAUAAGAAAAAUAAAUAUAUUUUUCAAAAAUAAGACAAACAUAUGAAUAUGGAAGGUAAAAGUAUCCAUAAAUACACAAUGAAAAAUAAAUAAAAUCAAUGUU